AUGGUGAUUGCUACCCAGAUACGCCCCUGCAGCAGCAGCGGCCUCAACGCCGGUGAUAGCAGUGCCGAGGAGCAAUCGAUUGGGGCCACCGUGCGACAAACCCUUCAGUGCGCGAACCGCGAAAGCCGGGCCAUUGUUGGGUUGUCUGAAUCAAUUCACGCACUGUCGAAGACACCGGAGGAGUUCCUGUUUUGCUUCCUGGCCACCGGCACGGAUCACAUGCACGAGGUGCUGUUGGAAGCAUUCUGCUUCGAGCACGACAUUUACAUAAUUAAGCUUGAUAACGCUGAUAAACUGAGCCGCACACUGGGAUCCACUCAACUGGCGUCCUGUGCCCUGGUUCAAAAACGGGGACCGGAGACUGUGACCCUGGCCGAGGAUGAGCUGGUGGACUACUGUGAGGCACACUGGGAGGAGCCAAUCAAACCGAUCGUUAAGCUGCCGGAGAAGUAGUUGCGCGUGGAAAUCCCAUCCGAACGAGGAUCGGAUUAACAUGUGAACCUACAAAGAGUGAACCAUCAGUGAGCUGCUGCAACAAGGAAGCAUUGUGUGUGGAAAAUUCACCUUCCUUUGCAACUCAGUGGGUGGUCACCGUCAAGCCAGCGGCCAGUUCAGAGCAGUGCACUGUUGAAAAGUCAUGUCCCAAUAAUGAUUGGGCAGUGUUACGGACAGAUUUACGCUGUGCUGCAAGUUUGCCCAAAAGUUUGUGAAACGUUCGUGGUGCAUCAAUCUACAUAAAGCUUUGGAUUCCUUCUAGUUACGAAGGAAAAGGAAGAAAGUGAAAGACACAGACGUUAGAAGAACAUAAACUAGACCUUCAAAAGGAAGCUACUCAGUGCGAAGAUGAUCAGUUUUAAGGAUCAAACCGUAGUAUGUUUCCGAGAAGAUCGAAUAAUUGUAGAAGUAAUUUAGUAGUAGUAGGAGCGAACAACGUUUUAAUUAUAACAACGGAAUA